AUGAUGACGGAUAUCCCUGGUGGGCGAGGGCUGCUGUCGAUCUGCCUGUUUCUCUGCAGGGUUUCUUUUUCCAGGAUCAAACCUUGUGUGUGUCGUACUGUUUCCUGUACCCCCGUACGACCGUCUGCAGUGCCUGGCCAGCAGGAAAAAAAAGACAGUGCCAAGGGAGAAUUGUGUCCCUCCAGAGCGCCACCGUGCCCGUCACGUGGUGCCCGCGGUUACAGGGAAGUUGAAGGAACCGGUCGGCGCCAGUCGUUGCCACUGGAACGCAGUCCAGACAAAACGCUGCUGUGGAUUUCCAGUUCUUCGCCGGUCUUGGGUACAGAAGUGCGCUGUUCAUUCGCUCUGCGGGCUCAGUGGUGGGCACUUCUGCGACAUACCUCAGAUAAGUAUUUAUGGCCAGUGCGGGACUUGGACGUCUUCGUCGUUCCAAAAAUAAAAGCAGCGCUGGUCAAUGGGAAUAGACAAAGCGCAGGAGACGAUAAUAAUAAUAAUAACAAUAAUAAUAAUUAUAGGAGCAACAAUAAGAAUAAUGCCAUACGCUCUACAGAGUCCUCAAAUGAAUGGACGCUGCUGUUCUGGACCCAUUGGCAUCGGUGCUCACAAUCCAUGUAG